AUCUUUUCUGGUUCGACUCCCCCCCCUGCUCCCCUGCAUUUCUUCUACCUUUCUCAAACAACAGACUCUCCCCCUGCUUUUACGAUUUUCUUUUCUCAACUUAUCGCUUCUCCAACCAAAUCAACUUGCUAUUGUUGGAUUUGCUUGUUGCAUCAUGCAAGUUGAGCUCGCUCUCUCUGUGUUGGGAAUUUUGGGAUGGGUUCAAGAGUCCUGAAAUCGUAUCUGGUUCUGUUGUUUUGCUUCCAUAUGUUUUAGCCAUUAAAUUUUUCUUCCAGAUUCUAAAAUUCGGUCUUUUUCUUUUUUUAAUCUGCUGACCCAAUUCGAAUCUGGGGUACUCAAGAUUAUCUUUGUCCACCUUCUUUUUUCCUCUUGACAUAUACAUUUGAUUUGAAUAUUUCCGUAGUAGUUUUUUUUUUUUUUUUAUCGUCCCAUCCUCAAUUUAUCAAAGUUUUAUUUAUAUAGAGAGAGCGAGCCAGUGCUUAUCAGUAUCAAUGGCUGCAGCAAAGAAUAGUGGCAAAUCCAAGAAGGGUGUUGUUGAUGAGACAGAGAAGAUGAUAACAGGCCAAGAUUGGGAGAUUGACAAAGGCAAGGAUCUUGAUUUUGGGUUGGAGAGGCGGCAAUGGAAGCCAGUUUUAGAUGAAGCUUCAAUGUCACAAAGACCUCUCAAGAAGAUAUGUAGCCCUGAACGUCAAGCCCCUGUUCAAUCCUCGACUUCUUUGGCUCAUCAGUCGCCUUCGUUUUCUGCUCCCUCCUCUGUUUCUACAAGCUUGCCUUCUUCUCUAACUCUUUUCCCGCCUUCUUCUUCUUCUUCCAAUGCUUCUUUGCCAUCUUCCAGACUUCUUUUUCCUUUUGCUUUUGAUGCAUCUCAGCAGCCAAUCUACUUACCUCAACAAUAUGGAAAUACUCCAACUCUCAUGCCAAUGUUCCGUCCAUCCCUUCAAAAUCAGCAACACAUGAUUUCCUUUAGUCCUCAGCUGCAGCAGCAACAUGGUUUUGUUUAUCGGCCAUUUUUCGCUGGAGAAUCAUCCCUACCACCUCAGCAGCAGCAGCAACUUCUUCAAUAUUGGAGUGAUACAUUGAAUUUGAGUCCAAGAGGGAGGAUGAUGAUGAUGAGCAGAUUGGGGCAGGAUGGUAGACAAUUGUUUAGGCCGCCAGUGCAGCCUAUAAAUACUACCAAGCUUUAUCGAGGUGUGAGGCAGAGGCAUUGGGGCAAAUGGGUAGCUGAAAUUCGUCUUCCUCGAAACAGGACUCGCCUUUGGCUUGGCACAUUUGACACGGCUGAAGAUGCUGCCUUAGCCUAUGAUCGCGAGGCAUUCAAAUUGAGGGGAGAGAAUGCAAGGCUCAAUUUCCCUGAGCUUUUCCUCAAUAAGGAUAAAGAUACGUCCACAGCCCCAAGUUCAACAGUUUCCUCUCCACAGACUCCCCAUGAAAGUUCAAAGCCAAAUCAGAAUCAGAAUCUCCCACAACCAGAACAGGAAGGCCUAAAUUUGCAGUCUGCAAAAAUGGAAAUGAUGCCACCACCACCACAGCCUCAAGGAGAAAAUCCGGACAGUGAUUCAGGUCUGGGUUCCAGUGAGGCAACAGCUAGUGACGAGGUGCAGCUGACAGCAGAGGGUUCUGGAACAGGGGAAGGUGUUUCUGGUUCUCAGGAAUUGGUGUGGGGAGAUAUGGCAGAGGCUUGGUUCAAUGCAAUUCCAGCAGGUUGGGGUCCUGGUAGUCCAGUGUGGGAUGAUUUAGAUACCACAAACAAUCUUCUUUUGCCCUCAAAUCUUCCCUUCGGCAAUCAAAAUCAGCAGGAAUUUAGUGAUUCUGACAUCGAAAAACAACAACAAGACAAUUCUGCUUCUUCUUCUGCUUCUUGCCCAGUGAAACCCUUCUUUUGGAAAGAUCAAGAUUGAUAGGUGAUCAGUAGAAUCCAGCUUUUUAGUGGUAUGGCGUUACAGGACAGACCUAUCUGCUUCUACCUUACUUUUCCUUGUCGUUGUGUGCGUGUUUCUAUUUUGUGUUCUUGCUGAGGAGGUAUUUAGAUCAACCACCCUUAGAUUUUCUAUCACUGGUUGCAGAUUUUUCAGGAAACCAGUCUCUGACUUUUCACUCCCCUUUUUUCCCCUAGGCUUAGGUUAGGAGAUUUUUAAUUUUUCUUUUUUCAUAUCCUUUCAUUCCUCGCUGGUUGCAGAUUUUUCAUCAAACAAACCUGUGCUUCCUUUAGUAGCUUUCUUAUCUCCACCUUGUUUCUUUUUCAAAUCAUUCAAAAUUUCCGAGUCUUUUCCCUCAUUCUCUCCCCACUUCAUCACACCUGCAAGAAGGUUGAGUAUUUUUCAGGCCUUUUAGCAGUGACAACUUAUGUUUGCUCAUGUCUUUCAGCUUUUGAUCUUGCACUAUAUCACUAGAUAGUGUCAUUUCAUGUUAAUAAGCAAGCAUUUUUGUAGUUUUUCUUGUCUGUUAAGUAAUGUUGCAGAUUUUAGUUAUAAUCCAAUUUGAGUUCAGGAGACAGUUUGGUGAUCUCCUUCUCAAUUGGCCCAUCCAUCUCCAGCUUUAUUUUUCUGCUGGGAGCAUGGAAUUAAAUAUCGGAUUAUGUAGAUUUUGCAGUUUGUUUGUUUGGUUUUUUUUUUUUUUUUUUUCUCUCUUUUACCCCUUGUAACAGUAGAUGAAUGAUGAAUUAAGCAAAUUUGCAGCAUUACUGUUAGUCAUAAAUCAUGGUAGUUUGUUCUCUUCUUCAGUAAUACUCUUGUUGUCUUUUUGUUGCUUUUGAUAAAAUAAUGUUUUCAUUGGGUAAAACUCUUGUUAUUGCGUUGUGAAAUGCCAAACUUCAAAGUAAAUGCUUUAACCAAUACCAAGGGAGAUUUAGAUUGCUAAGCCUUGGCCUACUUAAAAAUAUCGUAAAACUUUUCAACUCCAGUGCUUGACGGGUGCAGGCCACAACUUUUUAGUCCAAGAAACCAGACUUUAAAAAUCAUAUGCUUAAAUGCUAAGAGCGGAGCUGGAACGGCCUAAAUUUGUUUUGAGUGGUAAUUCAAAAACUAACGUUGAAAUUUUAU